AUGGCGACCGUACAAAACAUGGAAAAUGGCAGAACAAUCUCACUGAUAGACAAAAGAGACAACAUGAAUAAUGAAAUCUCGUCAACGUCUAGUGAUGAUUGCCAGACGCAAAAUUCAAAUGAUACCAUAUUGAAAAUUAACAAUUUCUACAAAGCACGGUAUAAAGAAUCCAACUCGGACAACGAGAUCGUCGAACCCAGAGUUCGGACGAACAUGCAACACCGAAGUCACUACAAAUCGAUGGGGAACAUAAACGAAGCCUACCGAACAAUGGACUUCAAUAGAAACUUAAGUACUGUACAAAAUAGCAUAAGCAAUAUAGAUUUAAGUUUGCACAGCGAUGAAAUCAAGAAGUUUGACUCCUUACAAAUACCUAUAGUCGGGUAUGAGGUAAUGGAAGAGAGGGCCCGCUUCACCAUUUACAAGUUGAAAGUGGAGGAUGAUAAAAGGGACCAAUCUUGGCUGGUGUUCCGACGGUACACGGACUUUGUGAGGCUCUACACGAGAAUCAAAUCGGAGCAACCGAACGUUAUCCUUCCCCUGCCGGGCAAGAGGUGGUUUCGAGAUAACUUCGAGCCAGCGUUCCUAGAAGAUCGCGUUCGGGGCCUACAGGUGUUCGUCAACGCGAUACUGUCGAAGUUACCAAAUCACCCGGUUGUUAGGGAGUUUUUUUGUUUAGACGAGCCUCCUCAAGUGUUCAGUUAUCAACCGGAAGUGCAAGCGGUGUACGGUGCGUUAGAGGACUCUAUAAGCACGUUGAAAAUGAAGUUGAAACAGAAGGAUGCGACCAUAAUGCAUUUGCAGAGACAGCUCGCUCAGUUAGAGAAUCGUGUAAAGAACUGUCCCACGUGUAACAAGUCUUGA